CAUUGAAAAACAUAAUUGUGAGAGACUUUGGUCGCAGCAAUUGGGUGGUACCAAAAGGAGGCAAUAAAACUAUUGAAUUUGGAAGCUUUGUUAGCAGUAAUAUAAGAGAGAGAAGAAGACUCAUCCACUUCUCUCCCAUUUCCAAACCUUAUUCACACAACACAAUACAAAAAACCUCUCUUUAGAGCCAGAAUUUCAAACACACUCGCCUCUCACUGCGCGUGCCCUUCAAACAUGACCAUCUUCUUCUUCCUAGGACCUCUCUCAGAGUAAUAGUGGUACUUAUCUCUAGAUCAUUUCAAAUUUGGAAUGAUUUGAAGGGAACAUGAUUGGAAGCUUCAACCAGACUGAUUCAAUCGAGUGCUGUGAAGCUGCAAUGCAGAAAUCCUAUUCUCAGGAAUCUGGUCCUGUCAUGAAGAAGUCAAAAACCAGAACUUUGGCUUCUCAGAAUGUAGAUUAUUGUGAAAUGGCAGAGAGUGAGGACAGGCUUAGUGACAUGCCAGAUUGUCUUAUUCAUCACAUCUUGUCAUUUCUGGAAACAAAGGAUGCUAUUCAAACUUCUGUUUUAUCAAAGAGGUGGAGGUAUCUUUGGGUUUCAGUUCCCUGCUUGAAUUUCAGUAGCAAAUCAUUCACCCGGUUGGUUGAUUUCAAGAAGUUUGUGCUGUGGGUUCUAAACCACCGUGAUUCUUCUCAUGUCAAGCUUCUUGUUUACUAUCGCUUCGGGGUAGAUUAUGCCACAGAUCAACAUCUAUUGAAUAAGGUUAUUGAGUAUGCAGCAUCACAUGGGGUUGAAGAAAUCAAAAUCAAUCUCCGUGCAAAAACAUCUGGUAGUCCUCCUGUUGAAAUUCCUUUGUCUCUAUUUUCUUGCCAAUCUUUGAAAAAGCUUGAGUUAAAAGAUUGCCAUCCUACGAAUGUGUCAUCCCCUAUAGGUUGCAAAUCAUUGGACUUGUUGCAUCUGGAACAGUUUGCAAUGGAUCCUGCUGCUGCGGACUUUUCAAAUCCAUUUGCAAGUUUGGCAGAACUAUUUGGUUUUACAACGUUGACAACUCUGCAUCUAAAUAACUUCACUCUGUGUUACACAGGAAUUGACUGUCUGGAUCCAUUUGCUAAUUGUGUCCAUAUGAAGAACUUGCACUUAAGUGAAAUGUCCUUUAAGUCAGAUUUGAACCCUAAGGAUUUUGUGAUAUCAGCUCCCAAACUCAGUAACUUGAAUCUAAUGUGCAACCGCUUUAAAUGCAAGAUUGUAGUUUCUGCACCACAGCUUUCCAAUUUCACUUACUUGUAUUCUACACCUUGUGCUUUCUUUGAGUUCCGGCUUCCAUCUUUGGAUGGCUUGGUCAUUGAUAUUCAUGAACCACAUGACCGAUUUGAAAAAUGUCGUCGAAGGAAAAGAGAGGAGACUCUACAUGGUUUGAUCAAUAUGUUACGCGGAUAUCAUAGUGCAGAAGCUGUUAAACUAUCUUUCUGCACAGCUGCGGUUACUUGUGGGACUGCAGCCCUGUUAAAACCAGAACGUUUGCCUCCUAGUAAAUUGAAGUCAUUGAACUUUGGAGUGGGAUCAACAUAUAAAAUCUUCAUCAACAACCUUGACCAUAUAACUGCCUACUUCCGCAAUUGUUCUCAGCAUGCAGACUUUGAGAUUGUGGCUGUUUAGAAGAUACUUUGGAGAGGAGGUUUGACUCAUGCUGAGACGGGAUUAACCCAAUACUUGGAUCCGAAUGAUUCAAACAAGGAUUAGUGUUUGGUAUAGUUUUAUUGGAAAAAAAGUUGGAUAAAUUCAUGGGUUGAUUUUUGAUAAACAGGCUAUAAUGAAAUAGAAAUUCAAAUGUUUCUUUUUUUUUUUUGCAAAUAUGUAUCAUGAUUCUGGUU